AUGCCAUCACAUUUUGAUACUUUACAAUUACACGCUGGUCAGCCAGUUGAUGGACCACAUAACGCUAGAGCUCCACCAAUUUAUGCCACCAGUUCAUAUGUUUUCAAUGAUUCAAAACAUGGUGCUCAAUUAUUUGGUUUAGAAGUUCCAGGUUACAUCUAUUCAAGAUUGAUGAACCCAACCACUGAUAUCUUUGAAAAAAGAAUUGCAGCUUUAGAAAAUGGUGCUGCUGGUUUAGCUGUUUCUUCAGGUCAAGCUGCUCAAUUUGUUGCAUUGACCGGGCUAGCUCAUUCAGGUGAUAAUAUUGUUUCAACUUCAUUCUUGUACGGUGGUACUUAUAAUCAAUUUAAAGUCGCAUUCAAAAGAUUUGGUAUCGAAGCAAGAUUCGUUAAUGGUGAUGAUGCAGAAGAUUUCGAGAAAUUGUUUGAUGAAAAGACAAAAGCUCUAUAUUUGGAAUCAAUUGGUAAUCCAAAAUAUAAUGUUCCAGAUUUUGAAAAAAUUACUGCAAUUGCUCAUAAGCAUGGUAUUCCAGUUGUUGUUGAUAACACUUUUGGUGCUGGUGGUUAUUUCGUCAAACCAAUUGACCAUGGUGCGGACAUUGUCGUUCACUCAGCUACAAAAUGGAUUGGUGGUCACGGUACCACCAUUGCAGGUGCUAUUGUUGAUUCUGGUAAAUUCCCUUGGAAGGAUUAUCCAGAAAAAUUCCCACAAUUCUCACAGCCUUCAGAAGGUUAUCAUGGCUUAGUCUUGAAUGAAGCUUUUGGUAACUUAGCAUUCAUUGGUCAUGCUAGAACUGAAAUUUUGAGAGAUUUAGGUCCAUCUAUAAAUCCAUUUGCUUCAUUCUUGUUAUUACAAGGUUUAGAAACUUUAUCAUUGAGAGUGGAAAGACAAGCUGAAAACACUUUGAAAUUAGCACAAUAUUUGGUUGAAUCUCCAUAUGUUUCAUGGGUUUCUUAUCCAGGUUUAAAAGACCAUCCAUAUCAUGAAAAUGCAAAGAAAUAUCUACAGAAUGGGUUUGGUGCUGUCUUAUCCUUCGGUGUUAAACCAUUAAAAGAAACACCAGAAGAUGUUUUCAAGGCUUCAGGUCCACAAGUUGUUGAUAAUUUGAAGAUUGCAUCCAACUUGGCUAAUGUUGGUGAUUCUAAGACUUUAGUUAUUGCUCCAUAUUACACAACUCAUCAACAAUUAAGCCACGAAGAAAAAUUAGCAUCUGGUGUUUCUGAAGAUUUGAUCAGAGUCAGUGUUGGUACUGAAUUUAUUGAUGAUAUUAUUGGAGAUUUUGAACAAGCUUUCAAGACAGUUUUCAAAGAUAAUUAG